AGCGGGAGCGUUUCCUGCAUUCCCGGUUUCCUGUGGGAGAAAGCAGAGUGUUUUUGUUUUCGAGUGAGAGAGCAAUGGAAGGGCAGGGCAAAACCCAGAUGAUCCCCAGAGUGAAGUUAGGAACCCAGGGAUUAGAGGUAUCCAAAUUAGGAUAUGGAUGCAUGGGCCUUACCGGGGUAUACAAUUCUCCGGUCUCCGACGAAGUGGGGAUAUCCAUCAUCAAGGAUGCCUUCAACAAGGGAAUCACUUUCUUCGACACUUCCGACGUAUACGGACCCCGUACUAAUGAGAUCUUGGUUGGGAAGGCAUUGAAGGAGUUGCCCCGCGAGAAGAUUCAAUUGGCCACAAAAUUUGGGAUAGUGAAGCUUGAUCAAACUGGUCUGAUGAUAAAUGGCAGGCCGGAAUAUGUGCGGGCUUGCUGCGAAGAAAGUCUUAAGCGCCUCGGUGUGGACUACAUUGAUCUCUACUAUCAGCACCGGAUAGAUAAGACUGUGCCUAUAGAGGAAACCGUAGGGGAGCUUAAGAAGUUGGUGGAAGAGGGAAAAGUGAGGUACAUUGGGCUGUCGGAGGCCAGCUCCGACACAAUUCGACGUGCCCAUGCAGUGCAUCCCAUCACUGCAGUGCAGAUGGAAUGGUCUCUCUGGACUCGGGAAAUUGAGGAAGAGAUAGUCCCACUUUGCAGAGAACUUGGCAUUGGAAUAGUUCCAUAUAGCCCUCUUGGUCGUGGUUUUUUCGGUGGCAGAGGAGUUACAGAAAGUGUGCCUACAAAUUCUUUCUUGGUUUCUCAUCCAAGGUUUACUGGAGAGAACCUAGAGAAGAAUAAGACGCUCUAUGUGAGACUAGAGAACUUGGCCAUGAAGCAUCACUGUGCUCCUUCUCAACUAGCUCUCGCUUGGAUUCUUCAUCAAGGGGAUGAUGUUGUCCCCAUCCCUGGGACAACUAAGAUCAAGAACCUAGAUGACAAUAUUGGUUCUUUGAAGGUAAAGCUCACAAAAGAGGACCUGGAAGAAAUAUCCAAUGUGGUACGUGAAGAAGAGGUGACAGGUUCAAGAACCUCCAGUCAAUUUGAAAAGGCUGGCUGGAAGUAUGCGAAUACUCCUCCAAAAGAUAUCAACUCAUCAGCAUAAGAUCGUCUAGUCCUGCUGUUUUCCUUGAAAAACAUUCAGAUCAAUUCCUUCUUUCCCCUUCAAAUGUUUUUGAAGGCACCUUUCCCCCUUCAAAUGUUGAAGAAUGGAGACUGUUUUCUUUUUCUUUUUUUUUUUUUUUUUUUUUUUUUUAAGAACAGAGUGCUACUCUCAAUUAAUAAUUAAAACAUUACAAUAUUUAAAGUUUGAAGAAUAACAACCC